CCGCUUCGCCCACCGAGUGCCUUCCUCCUCCCACUGUUCCCCCAAGAAGCGACCCGAACGAACCCGACCGGCGACGCCUCCACCACCACCACCUCCUCCUCCUCCACCACGAAUUCCCCACAGGUUUCUGCAGGAAUCCAUCCAGUUUGUGCCCUCUCCUUUCCGCCCGGGGCCAAUUCGCGUGGAAUUUUGGGGGUAAAAGGCGCGAUUUUUUCGCCUUUUGCUUUACCCUCUGAGCCCCAUCUUCCCUUUUGACCCCCGCGCGGCUCUUCUUUUUAUCGGUUAUCGCCGAUCGGAAAGGCGCGGUUUCGGCUCCGGAGGCUUCGAUUUGAUCUGGUGAGGUGGAGAGAUGAUGGAUUUGGACGGAGUUUUGUAGCGCGGUCUGAUCGGGGGACGACUUGUUUCGUCAAUCCGUUAUGAUCAAGCAAAUCCUGGGCAGGCUCCCCAAGAAGCCGGCCAAGUCCGGCGAGAAGGAUUUCGCCGGAGCAAGCUCCUCGCUGUCUAGUCCGACGUCUGAUGCAAGAACCACGACAGAUUUGACCAUGUCUAGUAGGAUUGGCAAUCCGAACAAUUACGCGGCCGCGGGCGCGAAUCCUGGCCAGAGUUACAGCAACAGGAACGCUGGUGUUGGUGCGGGUGCCAGCAAUGGUUUUAUGGCCCCGCCUGUUUAUGAGGCGCUUCCGAGCUUCAGGGAUGUGCCACCUUCGGAGAAACCUGGCCUGUUCCUCAGGAAGCUCGCCAUGUGCUGCGUGGUGUUCGACUUCACGGAUCCAACAAAGGAUGUGAAAGAAAAGGAGAUCAAGAGGCAAACAUUGCUUGAGCUCGUGGAUUAUGUCACCUCUGCCACCGGGAAAUUCCCAGAGCCUGUCGUGCAAGAGGUCGUCAACAUGGUAUCCACAAACUUGUUCCGGGCCCCGAAUCCUGCGCCAAGGGAGAACAAGGCACUUGAGUCAUUUGAUUUGGAGGAGGAAGAGCCUGUCAUGGACCCGGCUUGGCCUCACCUGCAGAUUAUCUUUGAACUGUUCUUAAGAUUUGUUCAGUCUCCUGAGACAGAUGCAAAGAUGGCCAAGAGAUAUGUCGAUCAGAGUUUCAUUCUCAAGCUGCUUGAUCUCUUCGACUCGGAGGAUCCGAGAGAGAGGGAGUAUUUGAAGACAAUACUUCACAGGAUAUAUGGGAAGUUUAUGGUGCACCGCCCAUUCAUCAGGAAGGCGAUUAAUAAUAUAUUCUACAGAUUUAUAUUUGAGACAGAAAAGCAUUAUGGGAUUGCAGAGCUGUUAGAGAUUUUGGGUAGUAUAAUCAAUGGUUUUGCUUUGCCACUCAAGGAAGAGCAUAAAUCGUUUCUAGUCCGAGCACUGAUACCUCUCCACAAACCAAAAUGUGUUAGCAUGUAUCAUCAGCAGCUCUCAUACUGUGUCACUCAGUUCGUUGAGAAAGAUUGCAAGCUUGCUGAUACUGUUAUAAGGGGUUUACUCAAGUAUUGGCCCAUCACAAAUAGUUCAAAGGAGGUGAUGUUUUUGGGCGAGUUAGAGGAGGUAUUGGAAGCUACCCAGACAGCAGAAUUCCAGAGAUGCAUGGUGCCGCUUUUCCGACAGAUUGCCCGGUGUUUAAGUAGUUCGCAUUUCCAGGUGGCAGAGAGGGCUUUGUUUCUAUGGAACAAUGACCAUAUUGAGGGUUUGAUCAAACAAAACAGUAGGGUGCUACUGCCCAUAAUCCUUCCUGCGUUAGAACGAAAUACAAAAGGUCAUUGGAACCAGGCAGUUCAAAGCUUGAGUCUUAAUGUUCGCAAAAUAUUCUUGGACCAUGACCCUGCACUGUUUGAGGAGUGCCUAAAGAAGUUUCAGGACGACGAAGCUCAGGGAGCUGCGGUGAGAUCAAAACGUGAGGCUACAUGGAAGCGCCUGGAGGAAAUUGGAUUGUCAAAUCUGCAAGCAACGAGGCCAGAGGCAAUUGUCCACCAGUAGAGUUCUUCUACCUAACUUGCCUUCUGACUUGCAUGUGAGCCGCUCUUUCGCAGGAUGGAGUUAAAUCGCUGACAUGAAUGCGCACGGAUGAGUGCUUGCCUCUGUUACCUGUUCCUGAACAUCUUACAGGCUGACAUGUAAAUACAACCUAGACGGUGAACUGCGAAGCUUUGGCGCUGCUCUUAUGUUCCAUCUGUUGUUGCGAGAUUGUCAAUUCGGGUCCACCACUGUGGAACAAAGGAAAGGAGGCAAAUUACCUGUCCUGGAUUACAUGAGCUGUAUUUUCUGCAUCAGGUCAAUGUGGUGCUUGCACUUGCUUGUUGAAGGUUAUUUUGCUGAAAUGUAAUGCGUUAUGUAUGAGCAACUUCUAGUUUUGUCUUGGUAAUAUGAACUGGUGUACAUGUUUCUGUUUCAGUAGAUGUAACACAAAAUUUGGAAGCGCUUUCUUUUUACUUAA